UAUAAAUACUAGCCUAGCUUACCUCUUAGCCAGAAUACUUUUCUGUUGUGACUGUCUGUAGAGCCUUCGGUCAGCGGUGAUGGGGUUGGACAGCAAGGUGUUGUGGGUGGGCGUGGUGGCGCUGUGGGCGUCAGGAUGGGUGGAGAGCCACGGGCGGCUGAUGGAGCCAGUCUCUCGCUCCUCCGCCUGGAGGAAGGGCUUCGACACCCCCAUCAAUUACGACGACAAUGCGCUCUUCUGUGGCGGCGUCGGAGUGCAGUAUGUGGAGAACGACGGGCAGUGUGGCGUGUGUGGCGACAACUGGGCCGACCCUCAGCCCCGGGACAACGAGGCUGGUGGCACCUAUGGCACCGGACUCAUCGUCGCCAACUACACCAUGGGUCAGUAUUUUGUUUUCAAAUGUGAAGCUGGCUUCACCUUCGACACUGUAGCCCUUAACGCUAGGCCUGACACGGCAGCCCCUAACAAUGAAGAGACUAUGGAAGUUGGGCCUGACACGGACCCGGAGUGGCACUACAACACCGUGAGGCUGCCAGAGGAUGUGUUGUGCACCCAGUGUGUUCUCCAGUGGCACUACCACACAGGAAACAGCUGGGGUGACUGUGGUAACGGCACGGAGGCGCUAGGCUGUGGCAACCAAGAAAUAUUCCGCGGAUGUGCUGAUAUUGGUAUCUAUUAGUUGGUGCGAUAUGAGGUUUUCUCGUGUGCUUACCUGUCUGAUCUUCUAGCAGGCAUUCUGAAACAGGAUUUCUAGCAGCCUUCGUCAAACUGGUGCCCCGGCAACUUUCCUGACACUGGCGUCACAGCAAUCUUUCUACCACCUGUGUCAUAGCAAUAUUCUUAACACCGUUGUCCUAGCAAUGUUCUUUACACCGUUGUCCUAGCAAUCUUCCUGAUACCCGUGUCCAAUAGCAACCUCUUUCAUUCUGGUGUCCUAGGAAUAUUCCGACAUAUAUCCUAGCAACGUUCCAUGACCAGGAUCUUUCUGUCACUAGUGUCCUAGCAAUCUUCCUAAGAUGAUUCUCAUCAACUUUUCUAGAUAGCUGAUUCUUCACGAAUUACCGAACUCGAGCAGGUUCUAAAUAUUGUAUUUUUUAUUCUGGACCCGUUCUUAAAUAUGUAUAAAUUAUGUAUAUACUUUUCAUGAUCUAGAUGGUGCUACAUAUACUUCCCGGUUGGCGCCUUCUUUUCAUAAUUAUUGUUUGUCCUCAUCAAUAAAAAACAUAAUUA